AUGGAGACGUUUCUUGGAAAAUCCACCAAAUUUAAAUCGUCUGAUUCAGAACAAAGUGUAACUACAACAAGUCCAACAACAACUCCUCGUACCAGAAGUCGUCAAACUCCAACGCGUACUUCUCCAAGGAAAAUUCGUAAAUCCACGCCUACUCCUUUCACCUAUUCUCAUUCAAAUGUCUUCAAAAAACAUUAUAUUGAAAAUAUCCCGAUCAUUGAAACUACCAUAAGAUUUGAAGAGGAUGAGUACGAUGUUUGGCGUCGUCUAGAUACUGACGAAAUUAAUCUCCACUACUUGUUACGUGUCAGAUAUCCUACUGAUAAUGAUGUAGAUGAGUGGAAACGUGAACUUGAGAAGCUGAAAAAAGAAUUUUCUAAAUAUAAUAUUGUUGAAGAGGGUUGGUUCUAUGCACGCGAUGUUGCUGUGAGAUAUGGAAUUUAUGAUCUUGUUUCUGUGUUGUUUGAAUAUGAUGAUAUGUGGUAUGAAAGUCCAAGAAUAAAGAAAAAAAGCACAUUUGAUGCUGCAUCUAGUGAUGGGACUGAGUCAAUCAAUGGUUCAAAUGCAGAAAACAUAUUUUAUAACGAUGAACCUUCUUACAGAGAACCUAAAGGAAAGGCUGUUGUUCAAACCUCCACCACCACAAGUGAAUCAAACCAUAGCCAUAACAAGAAUAGUUUAGUUGAUCGUGACGAUGAUGAUGAUGGAAUCUCACCAUCAGUCGAUAUCAAGAAGGAAAAAACACAACUUCAAUCUACUAAUCGCGUCCAUCAUUGUUCAGUACCAACUGACAAUGAUGUUGACGCCUCUUCCUCUAAGGACAUCCGAGAUGAAACGGCUGAAAUAAAGACUCUGAAAAGGAAACGGGAUGAUAUCGAAAUCAAAUCUAAAUCGUCAAUAAAUUUUUAG